GUGAUAAUGAUAACAGCUGUUGACGCCUGCGCGCCUGCAUGCGCGCGUGAUUUUACUCAGUCCUGCACGCAGUUUCGCGCAGACAACACAUUCGGAUAUCCGCUCAUAGAUGUCAGUCAACGGGGACGAUAAACCAGCGACCCAGACAGACAGAAAAACUGUAGAAGAAGCUCCACCACCUGAAGAAAAGAAACUUGAAGAGAAACCACCGGAAAGCAAACCAGUUGAGAAGAGGGUGGAAGAAAUGAAGGUUGAGGAGAAGAAAGACACUGCAAAAGCACAAAAUGAAUCUAACGCUGCUGUGGAAAACGGAGAGGUCAAAACUGGAGCCGGAGAUGCAAGUAAAGAAGCUGCGACAUCUUCACCCGAUAAACCUGUCACCUUCAGAGAAAGGUUCCGACAAUUUUCAAAAUUUGGAGACACAAAGUCUGAUGGUAAGAUGAUCACCCUCUCUCAGAGCGACAAAUGGAUGAAACAAGCGAAAGUGAUUGACAAGAAGAUAACCACUACAGACACCGGCAUCUACUUCAAAAAAUUCAAGCAACAGAAAAUAUCUUUAAGUGACUAUGAAAAGUUUUUGGAAGAAUUAGCGAAGAGCAAAAAGGUUGAGCUGGAAGAAAUUAAAAAGAAAAUGGUUGAUUGCGGAGCACCAGGUCUUUCCGGACCUUCAGGCGCAGCAAAAGCACAGUCAACGGUAGACAGGUUAACAGAUCCCUCCAGAUACACCGGAUCACAUAAGCAGAGGUUUGACGAGACAGGAAAAGGAAAAGGAAUCGCAGGGCGCAAGGACGUCCAGGACAAAUCUGGAUAUGUUCAAGGAUACCAAAUGAAGGACACAUAUAACAAAACUCACUAGGCGCUUUAAAAUUUACUAUUGUAAGACUUUUAUUUUGUAUACAAUUUUGUUUAUUGUUUAUUUUGUACAGAUGUAUCGACAAGUUCAAAUAUAUGUCUGUUUCACUAUAAAAAGCAUUUAAUAAAAAAAUACGUAGAAAAUGUGUCUGGGAAGAUUGCUGAUGUAAAAAAUAUGGAUCUAUAUGAAAAGGAAUUUAUUUGUAAAUAGCUUUGCUUAGUUUUAUAUAUUUGUCUGAGAAAGUGUUUUACCAUUAUGUUUUGCAUGUUGUUGCUACAAAAAAAAAAGAUUAUGCUCAUAAGAUGAUGUAUGGAAAACACAAUCAAAAGCUUUAAAAAGAGACCUGGGUAACAGUUUACAACAAAUAGCUCUACAAAUGACGGAUUAUGUUAUAAAGUAAUAAGAAAUGCAUGUUUGUAAGAAAUGCAUUAGAAAAUAUUGAAAGUCUAAGCACGAACGUUUGUGAUAGUAAAACUUAUAGAAUGUCAAAUUUUUUACCACUUACUGUAGUUUUGUAAACCUAACACUCGCUUAAUGGGUGUAAACUCCCUGUAGAUUGUCGACUCUCUUUAUCCCAUGCAAAUAUUUUCAUCAUCCUUAGUGAAUAUAGAAUAAUUGACAUUACAUUUUGUAUACUCAAUGUCUUAUCAAAAGAAACACUUCCUAUCAUUAUGCUAUAUUUGUUUACAAAGAAAACAUUUCUCCAUGAUCAAAAGAACAAAAUUGUGUGAUGGGAUUGUCUAACAGUCUUGUUUAAUUAAGGAAUUGUUGAAUGCACUUUAGGAAAAUUAUAAAUGUAAAAUAGGGUGGAUUUUAAGGCCUCCAACUCCAUGACUUGCUUAAGGCGAGAAAAUGGAGGGAGUUAGGAGCUCAGUCAGAGGCGCCACACAGACUACGAACCCCUAGCAGCAAUAUCUAGGGUGUGUCCCGGUAUUGCCGCGAAUGUUUAUCAGUACGUUUUAUCCUUGCACUGUAUCAGAUCACCACUUCUUUUGCUUAUUAGAUUCAUGCACAGGCCAAGAGCACAUGUGGACUGUCAAAAGAAAGAUAGUUACCAAAUUCAUAACAAAAUUCUAGAACUAGAUAUCUUGGUUUGAUACUAUACCGGUACUGACAAUUUUGUUUAACCCAUCAGAAAUGUUUUCCUAUUACAUGUAGUCUACUUCACUACUUCCAUGUCUGUAAACAUUUAUUUAAUCCUACUGUAAAACCUGUGCAGAUUGUGAAUUUUUAUAUUUUCUUUGUAAAUUAAACUGUUUAACCAAAA